CUUUCCUUGCUGCAGCCUGAGCCCAUUGCUCCGUGUGCUGUCACCUGCCCCUGCUGAGGACAGCCCGGCUCCAUCCUCUCUGCGCCGCGCCGCGUGCAGGGUCCGUCUCGCCCGCUGAGAAGACGCCCCAAAGGGGAGCGUCCUGGGGGCCCAGGCGUGCUGCGCAGCGCCCGCGUCGGCUCUGGGGAGGGAGGCGAGCGCGUGUAAGCGGAGAGGAGAGCAUCACCUGCUGCUUGAAACCGCUGUUCGGCCCCUGGCGAGCCCUGCCCCGUGGGCGCGCGUGGGUCGGGAGUCAUGAGAGCUCAGCGGCCUCCCGCCCAGCUGCCGGAGCUUGAAUCGGAGCAGGUCAGACAUCCGUGCGGGGCAGCGAAGGCAGGCCGCCAUCUGCCGCGGGACCCGCCGCCGGCUGGCAUCGCGCGCUGCUGAUGUGCCGACGUUGGGCACCUGGGCGCUGGGCCGGGACUCUCCGAAGGGAAUCGGGUGCCCGCUUUGCGCCGAGAGCCGGCGAUGCGGGCGCCUUGGCGCAAGGGGCCGAAGGAAGUGGAGCGUAGUGGGCGAAAGGCUGGGCUGACGGACGGGACUGGCUGCAUUGUCCCAGCUGCGGUCCAGGGGUGCCACCUGCGUUUUCUAGGCUUCAGUUCUUGCCUCCCUUGUUCAGGGCACUUUUCUGCUGUAGCAGCCUCCUCGGAGCUCCUCCAGCGAGGUGUUACUAACCCAUCAGCGUGAGCCAGGGUCUUCCCACUGGCUUUACUGGCUUUGACUCGGGCUGUCUAGGAGCAGAAAAAUGCAUAGCUCUAAAGCCUAAUCAGUGACUUCCCUGUGCCCCAAGCCCCAGCUGCCUGGCUGAAGAUAGGAGCAGGUUCCCAGUCCUCAGCGAGCUUUUGGAGAGAGAGACCCAGUCCCCUUUCUACCAGGAAGGAGUGAGCUAUUCCUUGCUGAAGGUCGCUGAGCUUGGGCUGGUGCACGUGGCCGAAAUCCUCCUGCAGUAUGGGGCCGACCUCAUCUUUGAAGAUCCUGUCACCUAUUACACUGCUCUGCACAUCGCUGUUCUCCGAAACCAGCCUGACAUGGUGGAGCUCCUGGUGCAGCGUGGGGCAGACAUCAACCGAAGGGACCGGAUUCACGAGAGCAGCCCCCUGGAUCUCGCUAGUGAAGAGCCCGAACGGCUGCCGUGUUUGCAGCGUCUCCUUGAACUCGGUGCGGACAUCAACGCGGCCGACAAAAAUGGCAAGACUGCCUUGCUGCAUGCCUUGGCCAGCAGUGAUGGAGUCCAGAUCCACAACACUGAGAACAUCCGUCUCCUGCUAGAAGGAGGUGCAGAUGUGAAGGCCACCACAAAAGAUGGUGACACAGUCUUCACCUGCAUCAUCUUCCUACUUGGGGAGACAGUGGGAGGAGAUCCAGAGGAGGUGCAGAUGAUCCACCACUUCUGCUUCCGAGUCACACAACUACUUAUGGCCCAUGGAGCCGACCCCAGCGAGUGUCCAGCCCAAGAAUCCCUCACCCACAUCUGUCUCAAGAGCUUCAAGCUCCACUUCUCACUCCUGCGCUUUCUGCUGGAAUCAGGGGCUUCCUACAACUGCUCCCUCCAUGGACCCUCCUGCUGGUCGGGCUUCCACAUCGUCUUUGAGCGACUGUGCUCCCACCUCAGCAGCUCUGAGGAUGACAGCUUCUCAGCAGACUUGCUGCAGAAAGCAGAGACUGUGCUGGAGCUCAUGGUGGCCAGUGCUCAGACUGUGAAGCUGCCCAGCAACUUUGAGGUCAACUUUAGCAGCUGCAGGUUCCAGGGGGAGAAGAUCAAGGCCCUUUUCCAUUCCCUAAAGCAGCUGGAGCGCUCGCCUCAGGCCCUGAAGCACCUCUGCAGAGUUUACAUCCGGCAGCACCUUAAACCUUGGCCAGUAGAUAUGAAAGUAAAGGCCCUACCUCUUCCAGACAGGCUGAAGUGGUAUCUCCUCAUAGAUCACACCCACGCCUGUAGUGAGGGCAUCUGAGCCAGGCUGCUUUGUCCACAACCACUCUUGCGUCUGUUUCCUGUCCCGAAGAGCAAAUACUUCCUCAUGCCCUAGACUGACUUUCUCCACUGCAAACCAGCGCUUUGUUUGAUCAUGCUGCUCAGAUACCACUGUUCACAAGUCUGUCAGCUUUGCAUGUGUAUGCUGCUACAUGCACUGUGUUGGCCUGUUUCCAGACCCCUGUAUGCUACACCCUUUGGAAGAGCAGCCCACUUUGCAAAGGACAGAACUGACACCAGCCACAUACUUAACCCUCUCUGUAACCUGUGAGAAGGGCCAGAGAGCAGCUCAUCUUCUCCGUGCAGCUUGACAGCCCUUGGGGAAGAGUCAGCUGCCUCUGUGGUUUGUAGAGGAAGUGGGAUAUAAAGCACAGUGCUAAGAAGCCAGCACACCACGCAGCACUUGAAUGACAGCAACGAUGCUCCUGUGGCCUGGCAGCAGAUUCUCUUGCAGCCUCUGUGGCUCUUAUCUGGUGCUGUCACACGGGGAGGUAGAGCCUGCCUGUGUACUGCCCCUGUUGCACUGUGCCUUUGGUGUGAUGGACAAAUCUAACCGAUCCUUAUCUCCAUUAAACUGGCUUCCAUCCCAGGGUCUACCACCCUCCCCUUUGCUCUGAAGGCCACAGGACAUCCUCCACCCACACGGAAGAGAUCCCUGCAGAGGUCCCAACAGUGCUUCUUUGCCCAGACUGUGCAUAACUUAAGCAACUCAAGGCCCUGUGACCCAACGAGCAAGACAGGGACGACCCUGGUUUUCUUCCUCCUGUGUUCUAGUACCGCAGCAUGUUUUGCUGCUGCUAACUUGGUCUAAAACCUACAUCACCAGAGUCACAGUACCACUGCCUCAGCACAGCUGCAUCAUGUUACUGUGCCCAAGUGCCAAAGCCAAGCAGCUGCCAAACUGUUUCUUACCACCGGGGAAUCUGGCUAGAAAACCUGCUCUGAUCGGCUGAGAGAGACAAGCAGGGCACUAAAAGACUUCAGUCACCCAGGGCUGGAGCGGCUGAAUCCAAAAGCAGGGUCGCUGCCUCGCAUUUGCCUUGCGCUGCAGGACACACGUGUAAAACUUACCAGGCUGCCCACGUCUGUCCACUCAUGGCUUCUCCCCCUCCCCUGCAAGCAAGUAAGGGUCAUAUUGAUGAACCGAUAUACAAUUAAACACAACACUGGUGUCUUGAAUCAGAUCAAGCAAUUAAAGUGAGACCUUUUGUAACAGAAAUGUCUGUUUCCUCUCACAGAUGGCCCAGGGCACUGAGCAGCUGGGGCUAGAUCUGGCCUUUGGUGAGAUGGGAGCCUUGACAAAGGCACCCUUUAAAAGAUCAGAGAACGUCUGGUCAGCCAAGCCUUGCUGAUGGACCAGGCACCUUAACAGCCGUGUUUCCAAUGAAAUAACAGCCGACUACGCUGGUUCGUGUCGGGCUGUGCAGCAGACUAGCUCCUUGCUGUGUUCUAAGCCAGCAUAAGUCUAGCAAAACCCGUCAGACUACAGUGAAACUCCUCUGGCUUCACAGUGGCAGUUAUAGCAGGUUACCCUAGGCUGAGAGCAAAUUCCCAAGGAAGAAUCUGGCUUGGCUGGUUUUGUGCUUAAUGAGGACAGCAUAAAGCCUCCAAGUUAUCCAGAGCCUCGGCGAAAAGUAGAACCUUGCUUGCCAAGGCAGGGCCCAGGAAGACAGGACUCCAGGCUUACCCCUGGCUCUGUCAUGGGCGCUCAUCUAGUCGCAUGCCCACGUGAUGUUAGCAGCUUACCGCCUCAGGGCUCCAGUGAGGCUCACGGUUUGUGGGCCCAGCCUGAAGAAUGCUACAGUUCUGUAAGACGCUGUGAAGCAUCCCAGUCAGCUUCUGUAGACAUCUUCUCCAGUGGUACAGGAUUGCCCGCAGCCAGUGUAACCACACUGAUCUCUGAAUUAAGAGCUGUUGCUCUUUCCUUUCCUAACGUUCACUUAAAUGGUGUUGGCUUCUCUCUUUACCUGGAGCCUUUGAUGCUAAAGUCUCUCAGAGCUUUGUUACUGAGAGAGAGCACAUGCAGGAUACACCGAGACCUGCAUCACUGCAGUAGUAUUAACACAGUUGUUUAUGAUUUUUAAGAGCAUUUGCCUUGCAAGAGAGAGAGAAGCCAACAAUGCCAUGAAGUCAGCUAAGGCUCGGCCACUGUUUUACAUAGCAGGGUCUCAGAUGCUCCAGCACACAGGCACGGGCCAUGAGGCGGAAACAGCAAAGAUCCUAGAGGGAAGUCCUUGCUCUUGGCCUCACCCUGUCGGAGCCUGCACAUCAGCCUCAAUUGGGGGCUCCGACAGACUGCAUCUCCCGGGAUCUCCACGGCUCCCUGCCUGUGCUCAAGUUUCUCAAAGGCAGCCAGAUGCCAAACCCGCCAGAGGGAAGGGGAAGGCAGCACAUGACAACUAAGGGUUCUAGUCUGCAUCUGCUGCCUGGCAGGCACGUAAGCUUAGGGAGGCAUAUGCAGUAUUUUCUGGGGG